AUGAUCAUUGCUGCUCUUUUUGUCCAGAUGAAACUGCCUUUCCAUAUCAGUGCCUCAAAGAUCCCCUUCCUCUUCCUCACCCUCCUCUGGCCAAUCCCACACAUAAUUUCCACGCAUCCCCCAUCCUCAGCUGCCUUCUAUCCCACACUGGACAGACGUGAGCUGGAGAUCACCCUGUAUGACCUCAAGGCUCCUCUGCAGAACUCCAAAGACCCUAAAACCUGGUCAAACUGGCCUCAAGACUCUACGCAAACUCUUCUGGAGCCCGAGGAAGACGAGCCAUGGGAAGAAGAGCAGCUGCUGAGAGCACAGAGAGAAGACGUCAUGAAUCUGCCACUCUCCCCAUUUGCUGACGAUAACUCUCUGGAGACCAUGAACUAUCAGGAGGGGGGAGAAGGUGAGGAAGGCUUGAAGAGAAAUAACGAUCUAACAUCCAUGGCCGGAGGGCUCCAAGCCGUCAGCCGAGAGAAAGGAGGAUUUGGUUUCCGCUUUGGGAGGAAGAGACGGUUAGAAAAAGGAAGGAGGGAGGGAGGGGUAACUGAAGAGGUUGGAGAACAGAGAAGGACAAGUAAGAGCACAAGGAGAGGUUUCACCUGGGAUGAAAGACUGGACUGAUGAAGGAAAAAGAUGGUCAGUUUCUGAGAUGUUUCAUUAAAAAUGCAAGCGUGGGUUAAACAGGAUUUUGUUGUUUUGCUUUAUUGGAAACAUAAAAAGCAACCAGUAGUAUCUAAUUCAUUUUACACAAUAAAAGACUGCUGGAAGCUG